AAACAAAUCCAAAAUGAAAGUAGAACAAAACAGUUGAAAGGCACUGAUAAUGUACUACAACCUGUUUGUUGUAGCGUAAUAUGGUAUAUUGAGAACCUCAUUUUAUAAUGCUUCGAGGGUAUAAAGUACAAACAGGAUGAGCCAAACAAGUACCUCUAGUGCUGGUAGCUGGCAGGGAGGGAGAGGAUGGAGGGGUCGAGGCUGGUGGAGAGGUCGUGGUGGAGGUCGUUACUACAGUCACCAUGGCAACAGAGGGAGAGGCAAUUCACAAUCUCAGGGCAGGGGAGGAAGAAUGAUGGAUGAUCCACAGCCCAACAGAAGGCCUGCAUCACAGAUGGUCCAGACUGUCAUUGAGGUCCAGUCCCCAUACAAAGGAUGGAAGUAUUACUUUUCAGAAGAAGCUUAUAAUGACCACUCUCCCACAGUGAAAAAGGUUCAAGUAUUUGAGAAAUAUUUCCUUAGCUGGUCACAGUCUUACAAAUGGGAUGACGUGGAAGAAAAAGGAUUUUUUGUUGUUGAUAUGAAAGAUUUAUUGUCUGAUCAGAUUUUGAUGGAAGGUAUUCCAGACCUGUCAACAGAGAUGAAAGAUAUGCCGGACAGAAUACUCUCUUGUAUGGGAUUAGCUGUUCACCAGUUGAUUACUCACAAAAGAAAACGUGAAGCAGAAGCAGACUACCAAAAUGACCAGUUAGAUGGCAGUAAUUAUUCAGUGCCAAUAAUACUAGCUAGGAUGAUUAACUUUGGAUCACAGAUACCACUGAAAAACUUGAAAGCAAAUUACUACGGAAAGUUUGUCUCUGUGAAGGGAACAGUAGUGAGAGUUAGUAACAUCAAACCAUUAUGUACAAAGUUAGCAUUUGAAUGUGUUUCCUGUGGUAAUGUUCAGAGUGUGACAUUACCUGAUGGUAAAUAUACAGUGCCUACCAAGUGUCCUUCUCAGGAUUGUAAGGGCAAAACAUUCUUUGCAAAGAGAAGUUCAGAACUUACAAGAACCAUAGACUGGCAGACUAUCAGGGUACAAGAAAUAAUGGUAGACAGACUGAAGGAAACUGGCAGAAUACCAAGAACUAUUGACUGUGAACUGACACAAGAUUUAGUUGACAGUUGUGUACCUGGAGAUGUAGUUACUAUUUCUGGUAUAGUCAAAGUUAACAGUGUAGAUGAGGGUAAAGGCAGAAAUAAGGACAAAUGUAUGUUCCUGUUGUAUAUUUAUGCUAAUUCUGUUGUGAAUGCCAAGGGGAAUAAAUCUGGUGAUAACUCAGGACUAGCAAUGGAGUUCACCAUGAAGGAGUUGUAUGCCAUUGAAGAAAUACAAAGUGAGAAAAAUCUGUUUAGAUUGCUUGUAGGGUCACUUUGUCCAUCUAUUUAUGGCCAUGAGUUAGUGAAGGCAGGUUUAAUACUGGGAUUAUUUGGUGGAACUCAUAAGUUUACAAAUGAUAAGAACAGAAUUCCAGUGAGAGGAGAUCCCCAUAUUUUAGUUGUUGGAGACCCAGGAUUAGGGAAAAGUCAGAUGUUACAGUCCACAGCCAGUAUAGGUCCAAGGAGUGUGUAUGUCUGUGGUAAUACAACCACAACCUCUGGUCUAACAGUGACCCUAUCAAGAGAUGGAGGCUCUGGAGAUUUUGCAUUGGAAGCAGGAGCUCUGGUUUUGGCUGAUCUUGGUUGUUGUUGUAUAGAUGAGUUUGAUAAGAUGGGAAAUCAACAUCAAGCUUUACUAGAAGCCAUGGAACAGCAAAGCAUAAGUAUAGCAAAAGCAGGGAUUGUAUGUAGUUUACCAGCCAGGACAUCUAUAAUAGCAGCAGCCAAUCCAGUUGGUGGCCAUUAUAACAAGGCUAAAACAGUGUCCGAGAAUUUAAAAAUGGGGAGUGCCUUGUUAUCCAGAUUUGACCUGGUCUUUAUUCUGUUGGAUAAACCAGAUGAGGAAAUGGACAGUAUGUUAUCAGACCAUGUGAUGGCUUUACAUGCCGGACAAAGUAGAGCUUUGAGUGUAACUGUAAGAAGACAGAAAGAUGACAGUAUAAACGAGUCUAUAUUGUUAAUAGAAUCAGACAAACCUCUCAGUGAUAGGUUAAAGACACCAAGACAUGAACCAUUUGAUCCCAUACCUCACCAACUACUUAGAAAGUAUAUUGGAUAUGCCAGAAAGUAUGUUCAUCCAAAGAUCAGUCCUGAAGCUGCCAAGGUCUUACAGGAGUUCUAUCUUGAGCUAAGAAAACAGCACCAAACACAAGACAGUACACCCAUCACAACAAGACAACUAGAAUCCCUUAUUAGAUUGACAGAAUCCAGAGCUAGAUUAGAAUUGAGAGAAUUAGCUACCAAAGAAGAUGCUGGUGAUGUCAUAGAAAUUAUGAAAUACAGUAUGGUAGAUACAUAUACAGACCAGUUUGGUGGAUUGGAUUUUAAACGUUCUCAGCAUGGCUCUGGAAUGAGUGGUAGAUCACAGCCAAAACGUUUUAUAGCUGGAUUGCAGAGAGUGGCUGAACAAACUUAUAACUCUAUUUUUACUGUACAGCAAAUGAGGCAAAUAGCUAAGGAAUGUGGAGUACAAAUGCUGGACUUUGAAGGCUUUAUUGGCUCUCUUAAUAAUCAAGGGUUUUUACUGAAGAAAGGACCUAAGGUUUACCAACUUCAAACUUCUGACUUCUGAAAAUAGAAGAAGCUUA